CCCUCCCCCUCCCUCCCACCAGUCCACAUGUUGUGUCUGAGGGAGGAUCAGUGACCAUCUCUAAUUUUUCCAACUUUAUUUGGCACUUCCUAGUCCUUGUUUGCUGCCUGAGGGGCUCGCCGAGAUGCCGCCCAAGAAGGGAAAGAAGAGCAAGAAGCAAGACGAGUGGGAUAGUGAGGGAGAGGAGGAGAAGGUGAUGGGGGAGAGUGAUGGUGAGGGAGGAACAGCAGGCCAGAAGAAAGGCAGGAAAAAGAAAGGAAAGGGGAAGAAUGAGGCGAGUGAUGAGGAGGAACAGGUAAAGGUGGAGCCGGAGGAUAAGAAGAAGGGGAAGAAGAAGAAGGGAAAGGGGAAGCACGAGGCUAGUGAAGACGAGGAGAGCGUGAAGACAGUGCCAGCUGAUGGGGAAGAUAAGAAGGGCAAGAAGAAGAAGGGAAGAGGCAAGAAUGAUGUAAGUGACGUGGAGGAGAAUGUCAAGAUUAUACCGGUUGAAAAUGAGGACAAGAAGGGGAAGAAGAAGAAGGGGAGAGGCAAGAAUGAUGCAAGUGACGAUGAUGACGCUAAACCCGCAAGUGUGGAUACCAAGAAGGGCAAGAAGAAGAAGGGAAGGGGCAAGAAUGAUAUGAGUGACGAGGAUGUACGAUCUGUCGACGUCGACGACAAGAAGGGGAAGAAGGGUAAGGGAAGGGGGAAGAACGAAGCGAGCGACGAAGACGAACCGAGCAUCAAGAAGAGCGAGGCUCAGAAGAAGGGCAAGAAGAAGAAGGGGAAGGCCAAAGAGGAUUGGAGCGACAGCGACAAGGACGUCGAAGAUAUCACGAACCCAGCCGGCGAGAGUGACGACGAGACCCCAAGAGAGAAGCCGUCGACCAAGCUCACAAAGAAGAAGAAGGAUAAGAAGAAAAAGGGCAAGAGGGACGAUUGGACAGACGACGAAGAUGACGAUGACAAGCUGGUGGAGAAGAUGAAGAACAUGGACCUGGAAAAUGGAACCGACGAAGAUGAAAUAAUUUCCAAACAAAGCAUAAACCUGAAGAAACAAAAGAAAAAGAGAGAGAGGAAGAAAAUACAGGAGGAAGAGGAGGACGAAGAGGCAGACGCAGAAGAUGAGGACGACGACACUGAGGAGAAGGAGAAAGAAGUAGAGGUAAAGAAGAAAGUGGAGGAAGAGGUGGCAGAGCCUAUGGUGAUCACUCCUCCGUCCACUCCAUCUAAGGAAGCGGCUCCACCUCCAGUGGAGGAGUCGUCAGAGGAAGAGGAAGAGGAAGAUGAGGAGAGCGAAGAAGCAAGGCAAAAGAAAAAACUUCAGGAAGAAAAAGAAGCUUUGAAGAAGUUGUCUCACAAGGAAAGGAAGAAGAUGAAACAAAAGCUUGAGUAUGAGAUAGAAAAUUUCAGCAUAUCAGCAAAGGGCAAAGCACUGUUCACAAAUGCUUCUCUCUUGAUUGCCAAUGGACGAAGAUACGGUCUAGUUGGUCCUAAUGGGCACGGCAAGACAACUCUUCUGCGCCAUAUACAAUCCAGAAUCCUCAACAUUCCUCCAAAUAUUGACGUGUUAUAUUGUGAGCAGGAAGUGAUUGCUGAUAACACCCCUGCAAUUGAUGUGGUUCUUCAAGCAGAUGAGAAACGUUUGGAGCUUCUAAAAGAAAAAGAUCAACUAGAAGCAGACAUGAAGAAGAAAAACAAAGAAGUGGAUAUGGAUCACUUACAAGAAAUUUAUGAUGAACUGCAGGCCAUUGGAGCAGAUAAGGCUGAGCCCAAGGCAAGGAGAAUUUUGGCUGGUCUUGGGUUUACACGUGAGAUGCAGGGAAGAGCCACAAAAAACUUCAGUGGUGGCUGGAGAAUGAGAGUAUCCCUGGCCCGGGCUCUCUUCAUGGAACCAACACUUCUCAUGUUGGACGAGCCUACUAACCACUUGGAUCUUAAUGCUGUUAUUUGGUUAGAUAAUUAUCUUCAGGGUUGGAAGAAGACGCUGUUAGUUGUGUCCCAUGACCAGUCAUUCCUCGAUAAUGUCUGUACAGAUAUCAUCCACUUAGAUCAACACAAGCUGUAUUAUUACAAAGGAAAUUAUUCUAUGUUUAAAAAGAUGUUGGUUCAAAAACGCAAAGAGCAAGCAAAGGCGUACGAGAAGCAGGAGAAGCGAAUCAAGGAAAUGAAGGCUUCCGGCGCCUCAAAGAAACAGGCAGAAAAGAAGACAAAGGAAGUGCUUACCCGCAAACAAGAAAAGAAUCGCAGCAAAAACAAGAAAGAAGAGGAUGAAAGUGGACCCGUUGAAUUGCUCGAAAGACCUCAAGAAUAUGUUGUAAAGUUCAACUUUCCUGAACCACCACCACUGCAACCUCCGAUUCUUGGGCUUUACAAUGUUUGCUUCAAUUAUGAAGGUCACAAGCCACUGUUUAAAGCCGUUGAUUUUGGCAUAGAUAUGGAGACGAGGAUAGCAAUUGUUGGUCCAAAUGGUGUAGGUAAAUCAACAUUCUUAAAAUUGCUCCUAGGUGAACUGAGUCCAACUUCAGGUGAAGUGCGGAGAAAUCAUCGCUUAAAAAUUGGUAGAUAUGAUCAGCACUCUGGGGAACACUUAACUGCUGAAGAAUCCCCCUCAGAAUAUCUCAUGAGACUGUUUAAUUUGCAGUAUGAAAAGGCAAGAAAAGCUCUUGGUACAUUUGGUCUUUCAUCCCAUGCACAUACCAUUAAGAAUAAGGAUCUAUCAGGAGGUCAGAAAGCACGUGUAGCUUUGGCCGAGCUCUGUUUGUCGUCACCUGAUAUUCUUAUUCUUGAUGAACCCACCAAUAACUUAGAUAUUGAAAGUAUUGAUGCUCUCGCUGAAGCCAUCGCAGAUUACAAGGGUGGUGUGAUUAUUGUUUCUCAUGACGAACGCUUAAUCCGUGAAACAGAUUGUAAUUUAUGGGUGAUAGAAGAUCAGACUAUUAAUGAGAUUGAUGGAGGCUUUGAUGAAUAUAGAAAAGAGUUGUUGGAGGAGCUUGGUGAAGAGAUCAAUAAUCCAAGUAUUUCUGCUCAUAAUGCUGCUGACUUGUAAGUUUUGACAUAGAAUGUUUGUAUUUACAUAUGUAAGUGCCAGUUUGCCAUUCUAUAUUUAUGCAAAGGUUUUAUAUUUACAUUUGCCUUUUGCUUUCUGGUUAUGGCUAUGAAAAACUAAUAUGGAACAAAGAAAUUCAUUUGUAAUGAAUUACUUUAAUAUAAUACAGUAUUGUGAUAUUGCUAAGGCAUAUAACAUUUAUUUUUUUAAUUGUUGCAGAAAUAAUUUUUUUCUAUUUUGUUUUAAAAUUUGCAGUAAAUCUUCAUUUUAAAAUCUCUACUGUUUGAAAUCCUUAACAUUUUUUGCUUAUCAUGCAUGGUUAUGUAUUUGUUUCUGUUGAUUCAAAAAUCAGGAUGUUGAUAAUUUUGUGUUCAGUAGAUCUUAAAUACUUACAUCUCUGCUUGCUUGACACAGUUAAAAGGAUCAAUAACUUGUGCUACAGAUUUCUAGCAAGCAACUAGUUAAAUCAAGUUCCCAAGUUAAUGGUGCUGAAUUUCUAGCUGAAUGAGUCCUGAAUAAUCAAAGGAAACAGUAGUGAUUUAAUUUAAAUGAUGCAUCUCUAUAAAGCACAUAAUUACACUUGAGUGUAACACUUUUCUCAGGUGUAUUGUACUCUUUCUCCUUUGGUUUUUUUUUUAUUUAAAUUACCAUUUUUUUUUUUUUGUAAUAUAUGCAUAAUUUUUUAAAUAAAAUGUAACUAUGCUGAACUUUCUAAAGGUAUUACAUUCAUUUCUUCAUUCUGGAAAUUUGGUCGUUUCAAGGUUUGAUUAUAAAAUUUACAGUAAGGCUUUUCUUUGUAUGUUGUCUAUAGUAAGUGGACAGUUGUCCAUAGCAGCACUACUGUAGAAGUAUAUCUGAGUAUCUGGUGAGUUUAGUCAGAGGAAAAACCCACCACUGGGAAAAAGUAAUAUAUAAUAUCCAAUGCUUAUCGAAGUUUUAUGUACAUACAUGGAUUGGAAAGGACUACUUCAGAAACAGCAGUAUCUCUAAACAUACUGUGAUGCACCUUUUGUUGUGUUGUGUGCCCUAUUUUGUAUAAUCUGUUAUAUUGUCUCUCCCCCCCCUCCCUUUUUUUUUCUUUUCUCAUUAGAGAUGUAGAAGGAAAAUUAAACAUGAGAGAACUUGUA